CCACCGGGAAAACAAGAUGGCUGCGCCCAUGUGAAAAAUCCGCCGGGUGACAGAAAUUUUGUGAUUUUCCUGCCAUAUAUUCAGUCUCUACGCGUAACUUCCUUGCAAAUAUUACCUAAGAUGAUAUACUGACAGUCUUGAAUAAUUUGUACAAAGUCUCGACAGAGGAAAGGGUGUGGACUUGAAGCAAUCGUCUUCGAUGUUUAUGUCGCGUCGUCUGACCCACAGUUAGUUUGUGGGCGUUGCAUGUAGGUGAAAUGGUGUUCACACAUCAAGAGUACUCAUCUAUUUCGGGUAGCCUUGUCAGCGCCCGUUGGCUGCACGGCAGCAGACCACGCUUACUGAACAGUAACAAGUUGUCAAGGCCCAGUCUUCUGAUGACUUUACCGCAUGCAAAACAUCGUUUUGGAAAUCCAUGUUUAGCUGUUUUCAGGAACUCUCAGACAGCUGAUGUUUCCAGCCAUCAUCAAUACAGGACAGAUAGGAAGUUUGUACUUCCAUCUACGACAACCUUACGGGAACUUUUGACAUGUGCCAGUAACAAAAUUUUACUUAAAACAAAUGUGUAUGCAGCAGAGCCACCUGAAGUGAUUAUACAUGACAAAAAAGAAAAUGAAGUAACAGAUGUACCAAAGAAGCUUACUACAGAUGGAGCCACAGAUGAUACAAAAGAGGGGCACACACAGGAUGACGAUAUUGUAGUGCCGGCGUGGUUCCUAGGGACUAAGCCUCACCCUGAGACAGGCUGGGAGAGGUUGAAAGAACUCUUUGAGACCAAAGAGAACACGAAACUAUACUUUGAGAAGUACAGUAGAGAGGUUACAGACUGGAUCAACGUGAUGGCAGCGGGGUUCAUCAUGGGGUUUGUGUACGGAGGUGUCCCCGCCGCUCGCCAGGCGAGACUACGGUACAUCGAGUUGAGCCACACACAGGUUUACCAGGGGCGCCGUGAUGCAGUGGGAGAUGCCCACAAGGCAGCCCACAGGGGACUGAUCAGAUAUGGCUACAGGUGGGGCUGGAGGGUGGCUGUGUUUGCUGGCAUAUUCCAUGGGGUGUCCACGUGUCUAGCUGUAUACAGGGACAAGGAUGAUGCUCUGAACUACUCUGCUGCUGGAGCUCUAGCUGGUGGUCUGUAUAAAAUCACUCUGGGUCUGAGAGGAAUCAUAGGAGGGGCAUUCCUGGGGAUUCUCUUGGGUGUUCCAACAGGUCUCCUGACCCAGCUAGGGCAGACCAUACAGGGAGAGACGUACGUGGAGAGGAGACGGAGACUCAGGAAGGACAUCCUGGAGCUCAGGAAGGAGGAAUGGAAAGCUCGCCUUCAGCUGAUGGAUGACUUCAUCUCUGACGCCUCCUCGGAACAGCCAGCGGGAAUAGAGCCCAUCACCUCUGGUGGGGCCAAACAGGUUGCAGAAACGGAGUCAGGACCCUCCGUCACUGGUCGGGCAAUGGUUGUUUCCUGCCAGCCAGCGGGAACAGAGCCCAGCACCUCUAGUCAAGUCACACAGCCUACUAACUCAGAACAGAAAAAUUUAUGAAAGAUCACUGAUUCUUAGUUAUCUUGUUGAUCUUUGAUAAUAGUACGAGGGUGAGUCAGAAAGUAAUGCAAGUGGUUUCAUAACAAAGUCGUUCUUUGAUGGAAUGAGUUGAAAUUUGGCACAAAGGUUAA